AUGUCCGCGAUAGCAGGAGCCUCCAUCUACAAGGGAGCUUGGAUCGAUUGGUCACGAGGGGUGGUGACUGGCAGCACCAUCACUCUCUCAGCCAGAUCUGACUCUGCACUCACCGCUUUCCUUGCGUUCUUCGUCACCAUUGUCGCUGGAGCUCAAAGGUUGAUCAUCAACGAUGACUGCGGGUACUUCGCCUACGACGUGAAUGCGACACUCGAGCAACGGACGUUGGCCAUGCAAAGCAAGGACCUCAAUAGCACACUCUUUGCUGCGACAUACGCGAGACAAUGCUACGAGCAGAAUCUGGGACUGGAUAAGUUGAAGUGCAGCAGUUAUACCAAACAAUAUAUCAAGUGGACAUCUUCUGAAACCGACUGUCCGUUUGACCAGUCCAUCUGCUCCGCUCCAAAAGGCUUUAAGCUUGAUUCCGGUCUUAUUGACUCCCACGUCGACCUGGGUAUCAAUGCUCCUCAUGCUGAUCGAGUCGGCUUCCGCAGAGUGACCACCUGCUCGCCGCUCAGUGUUCAGGAGCCUUACGUCUCAGUCAUUACAUCGACAGGCAAUGACAGUCUCGGCGUCGAAGGGGACAGGAUCAGGAAGUACCAGUACGGAACGUUUAUCCAGAGCGCCAUCGACCUUAAUACAACGUACCUAUAUAAUCAGCACGCUUUCAUCGAUGGAUAUGGCUAUGAGCUCAGGUCGGUAAAGUUUUGUGACCCUCGCGAGACAUCAGCUGACCAUUCAAGUGCUGUACAAGCUCCUCUCGAAAGCAGUUCAUGGAUACCAAUUCCCGAGCUCGUGCGCACCGAUGCCGACGUCACGUUGAUCUUCCUCGCCUCAAACGCUAUCAAGUACAACCAUCCCACCAACGAUCCAUUUUUCAGUGCAAACUUCUACAUAGCUCUGGGUUCCUAUGCAGGCAUCAAUUUAUCCUAUUAUUCAGCAGACGACUUUGUCUCGGUCAUGGCAUGCGCUGAUCAAUACCAAUACUGCAAGGGCAGUGAUCCGACGAAGUGUACGCCGUUGACAGGCUACGCACAAGCCGGGCUGGAAAUCAGUCCUGCAACGGCUGAUCUCAAUGAAGUCCAGCAGAUCGUCGCCACGAGGAUAGCGCUCAACACCCGCCCACUGAGCAUGUUUCACGCCAUCGGCGGACGAGGGGCACAAGCGUUACGCGUACAGGAGACCGUUGCGGACCGUGUCCAGUUGGCUGUUGUUCCUGAUAAUCAGUGGCAGAUUGAACUGGAGAGCUGCACCAAGCACGCGAAAGAUCAGAUGCCCGUGGGCACUUAUCUGCAGAAACCGCUCAAUCCGACGGAUCAGGCGAUGUGUGAGGCGCAGAAGGUCACCCUCGAGGGGAAUACCGUGUCCUUUAGCGUCCUGGGCGUGGCUAUCAUUCUGAUCCUCGGUGCUGUGAUCAUCAUAACCCAUCUCACGCUGGAGCCUACUGUAGAUUGGUUCCAGAGACGGAUGAAAUACGGCGAGUAUAAGAGGGUUCGAUGGGUCAUGGACGACAAGAUGCAGAUUCAGCGCAUGGCAUUUGAGGAGGCAGGCAUGGGUGGGACGUGGAUCAACUUGAACGGUAGUGUGCCCGUGACGCAGGAGAGGGAUGUGGUAUUUGGAGACUUGCGUGAUGUUGAUUUCGAUGCGCCUCGGCUAGGGAGCAAAUGGACGAGAAAGACGACGAGGAAGUUAAGUACGUAG